AUGUCGGUCUACUCCAACGAUGACGAGCAUGAUCCUCAGGUGGAUGAGCUCCGCGAGACGGCCCUCGUGACGCUAGAGGCAUUGAUCAGCUCGUGCAACCAACAAAUGCAGCCAUACCUUUCCAAUACCACUCGAUCAGCUCUACGGUUCCUCAAAUAUGACCCUAACGUUGCCGAAAUGGAGGACGACGAAGAGAUGGGUGGAACACAAGAUGAUGGGAGUGAGGAUGAUGCCACAGAAGAACCCGACAUGGACGAGGACGACGAUUUCGAGGAUUUUGAAGAAGAUGGAGGCUACAGUGAUAUUGAUGACGUGAGCUGGAAGGUACGCCGAUGUGCGGCCAAGCUUCUCUACACUGUCAUCUCCACGUACGGCCGUGGUCGCGCUUGGGACAACUCCGCUUUGUUCCAGCAGAUUGCCCCUGCUCUGGUAUCCCGAAUUAGCAAGGAAAGAGAGGAAAGCGUAAAGCUCGAGGUGGUAUCAACUUUAACCGCUCUCGUUCGGAAGACAGGAGAGGGCUCGAUGAUCGUCACAUCCAACGACUUCCUUGAGGCCGUCGGUGGAUCAAAGAACUCGCGCAAGCGCAGACGUCAGGACAGUGAUGCAAGCAUGAUUGACUUUGAGCCGAGCAUCGGGACCUCUUCAGCAAUCGACUCCCCCGCUGUUCCUUCUUCUCCGAAGUCUGGUUCGCAGGCUGACCUGGCCCGCUCCGUCCCUCUGAUUGUACAGAACCUCGUCAAGGUAUGGAAGCAGGCAUCAAUCCCCCUCAAACAAGCUGCUAUCAUCCUCCUCAAGAGCCUAUCUCUUGUUCGUUACGGCGGCCUCGCAGACCAUCUCCAACAGAUCGAAGAUCUCAUUGCAGAUGCCCUCAAGACUUCACCUCUGUCAGGAAGCGCCCCAGCUCACACUGGCGCCGCCGUCAGUGCGGGAACUCUUCAAAUUGAGACCCUUGGCCUUAUUGCAGCAAUUGCCGAGACACAUUUGUCCGAUGCGCUUCUCCCAUUCCUUAUCGCCCUGGUGCCCGGAGUGGUUGCGGCUGUCAACGAUCGCAAUUACAAGGUCAGCAGUGAAGCGUUAGGUGCUGUUGAGCAGGUGGUGAAGGCACUUACCCCUCCCCGUGUAUCUGCCAAUGCUUCCGACGUUACUCUGCAGUUGCAGAAGCUCUAUGAUGUUGUCCACUCACGAAUAACCGACACAAGUGCCGAUCUCGAAGUCCGUCAGCGCGCCAUUCAUGUGUUUGGCGUUAUUCUGGCACGUACCUCCGGACAGCGUGGAUCAGAGUUCCUUUCUGCUGAUAAGCGAUCGACCGGUCUUUCGGUUCUACUGGACCGCGUGAAGAACGAGACAACCCGUCUAUCCGCUGUUCGUGCUGUUGAUGAUGUCGUCGUCCUGUCAUCCCGGAAGGAAGAUGUGGCCAGUGAAUGGGUGAACGAAGUGGCCCUUGAGCUUGCAUCCAACUUGCGCAAGUCAGACCGCGCUUUGCGAGGGUCAUGCUUGGAAGCGCUCCGCAGUCUAUCCAUGAACUCCAACGUCAGGUCUCAUCUAUCUCCUAACACUAUGGCAGCACUGGAGACCGCCCUUCUGCCUCUCCUUGCGGCUCCCGACUUCCACACCCUUACUCCUGCUCUGAUCAUCAUUGCCAAACUUAUUCCUGGCAAUGCAAAGCUGCUCGUAAACAGCGCAUUGAUCUCUUCCAUGUGCUCGAUCGUCAAGCAGCCGCUAGUUGGUACUGUUCUCAAAGCCCUCUUACUCAUUGUUAAGGUCAUUGGCGACGAAGGCGCUGGAGCCGAGUUGAUGAAAACCCUUCUACAAGAUGUGGGCAUUACCGGAGACUCUUCCGUGGUUGGUAGAGCCGUGGGAACUCUCUUAGUCCAUGGUGGACCGAACCUAGGGGUCACAAUGGAGGAUUUCUCUACAGAACUGAAGACUGCGCGGGACGAUAGCCGCAAAUGCCUCGCACUCGCGAUUUUGGGAGAGAUCGGCUUGCGAAUGGGCCCCGAGUGCUCGUUGACUCCCGACCACUUCAUUGCUCACUUUGGGUCUCAGUCGGAUCAUGUUCGCUUGUCCGCUGCCACGGCUCUUGGUAAUGCCGCUGCAGGUAGUGUCAAGGCCUAUCUUCCCAUCAUCUUAAAUGGCCUUGAGAAGUCCAACUCGCAGAGCUACCUGCUUCUUCACUCUGUGCGGGAGUUGCUUCAGCACCCCGAGGUCGUGCGGCCUGACCUUGCACCAUCUGCUCACAAGCUAUGGCAGUCACUCCUCGUCGUUUCCGAAGAAGAGGACAACCGGGCAGUGGGUGCCGAAUGCGUGGGCCGUCUGGCACUCCUCGAUCCUGUUGCUUAUAUUCCCCACUUCCAAGAGUAUCUCGCCAGUCCAGUUCCUGCUGUCCGCGGCGUGGUGAUCUCAGCCUUCCGCUACACGCUUGCUGAUCCGAGCGAUGCUUACAACGAUGUCCUCCGACCGUUGAUGGUGCCACUCUUGACAAAUAUGCUUGCUGACGGCGACUUGGGCAACCACCGACUCGCGCUAACUACCCUUAACUCCGCAAUCCACAACAAGAUGGAUCUUCUUCUUCCUCACCUUGACGAACUGCUGCCUGCUGUUUUGGGAGACACCAAGGUCAAGCCAGAGCUUAUUCGCGAGGUUCAAAUGGGGCCAUUCAAACACAAGGUUGAUGAUGGUCUUGAUUUGCGAAAGAGUGCCUACGAAACCCUCUACGCAUCGCUUGACACAUCAUUCUUCCACACCCACACGAACGAACUAUUCGAUCGCGUCCUUGCCGGUAUUGACGAUGAGCAAGACAUCCGUGCAAUCAGCAACCUCAUGACAUCCAAGCUGAUUAAGAUCGUGCCCGAGGCGACUGAGCGGUUGCUUGAUGCUUUGUCAGAGCGCUACACCUCCGUUCUCUCGUUCAAGCCGAAGGAAAAUGCCGUCAAGCAGGAAAUCGAAAAGGCACAGGAGGCAUCUUUGGGCAUUCUCAAGAUCACCAAAGAGCUGAGCAAGGCUUUCCCUGGUGCGGAGUCCUCGAGUGAUCUCCACAAGUGGAAGGGAUAUAUGGAGUGGGUUCGGCGGACAUUUGCUCUCCAGCUUCAAUCCUUGGAAGUGGACUUCUAG